AUCUUUUGGGGGGUUUUACAGAAAACCAUGCGAGACUGUAGUUGCCUGAAAAUGCUCAAAGAGAAAACCCUAAUCAAGCUCUAAUUUCGACAGAAUUUCUGAUAUUCCAACGACUCAGCCGAAGAAGAGAAGUUCCAGAUUUGUGUUAAAAUAUGCUGAUGGGUCAUGCGGAGGGGCUGCCUAAACUUGGUUCGUCAAAAGAUUUGCUGCUUGUUGAUCCUGUAUCUGAACUGGAUGGUGGUGAAGAAGUGGAUAAUCCUGGACAGAUACUGUACAUGGCAUCUUUUGAAGAACUUGCUGCAAAAAAUGUUCAAUAUGAUACCAUUAUAUGGGUGUCAAUAUCCCUGCUACUGGUUUUAGCUUGGGGUAUUGGAAUUUUAAUGUUGCUCUAUCUGCCUUUCAGAAGAUAUGUGCUUCAGAAGGAUAAUUUGUCACGGAAACUGUAUGUCACUCCUGAUGAAGUAGUUUACAAGGUGUCAAGACCUUCGUUUGUACCCUUUUGGGGAGUCACACAAAUAGAAAGGCAUGUACCUCUGAAUUUGGUGAUCGAUGUUAUCAUUGAGCAAGGUUGUUUACAGUCGGCCCUUGGAAUCCAUACCAUUAGGGUUGAAAGUAUAGCCCAUGGAAAAGCUGCACCUGUUGAUGAACUACAGGUGCAAGGGGUUCAUAACCCUGGACUUCUAAGGAAGAUUAUUGUAACAGAGGCUUCAAAAGUUAUACAAGGCGUUGACAGGAGUUGGAAACCUACUGUCCACAGCAGUGAAUGGGAAAGUGUGGCUCGUAUGGAAUCUUUGACUGAAGGUCCAGCUGUCUUGAGAUCACCAUCCAGAAGUUUGAAGAUGACGGGUUCUCCGCGCCAUGCUCUAGUCGGGCACAGAGGUUUAGUACCUACAGAUUUGGUGCUACAUAAGCUUCAUGAAGUGAAUAAAUCAGUAAAGAAAAUCGAGUUCCUUAUAGAGAAAGCCCAAGCUUCCCCCGAGAGCAGCUAAAAUUUUCGGUUCCUCUCAAGCUCUGGUGCUUCAGCCUUAUGGUGGAUUAUUCAAAAGAGAAUUCCAUAGCUGUUUCCUCUGUGUUUUUCUAGCCUUGAUCUAUACAAGAUUUUUCAUGAGAUGGGUAUUGUAAAGAUAUAAGAGGAUGAGUCAUGGUUUGAAGAACUGAUGUUCUUUUGUAUGAUUAUUUGUGGUGGUGAGAAAGAAGGAAAAACGACAUAUUUUAUCAGAAAUCGCAAAAUUUGAAUAUCUUUUUCUUUUAUGUAAUCAGGGGAAUUCGAACUCAAACGCAUGGA